UCAUUCCUCACUCAGCUCCUCUGUCCUGUAGUACAGGGCCCACUCUGACCUCACAGUCUCUCUCUGUGUGAAAUCAGCCAUUCUGCUAGAAUGAGGAACCUGUGUGCUCUGCUGUUUGUGCUGCUGCUCUGUUCUCUCCAGCUGGUCUCUAGUGGUCCUCAUCUUAACCCUGCAGACUGCUGUUAUGAACUGACUCAGAUGAAGUUGCCCCUCAAACGCAUCGUGUCCUACAACCGGACCAGAAGCGAUUGCUCCAUCAAAGCUGUGGUCUUUAAGAUGAUUAGUGGAAAGAUGUACUGUGUGGAUCCUGCCUCUGAUUGGGUCAAUGACCACAAGAAAGCAGUGGACCAGAGAACAAACGUACCUGCUACUGGAAACGCGGCCACUGAGACGCACACAGUGGGUCUGGAAGUCCCUGUGUCACAGUGGAACCUGAAUGUCACAUCUCAUGUUCAUGUUCCUCCUCCUACCCACAUCAGCACAGACAGUCUCUCUCUGUGUGAAAUCAGACAUUCUGCUAGAAUGAGGAACCUGUGUGCUCUGCUGUUUGUGCUGCUGCUCUGUUCUCUCCAGCUGGUCUCUAGUGGUCCUCAUCUUAACCCUGCAGACUGCUGUUAUGAACUGACUCAGAUGAAGUUGCCCCUCAAGCACAUCGUGUCCUACAACAGGACCAGAAGCGAUUGCUCCAUCAAAGCUGUGGUCUUUAAGAUGAUUAGUGGAAAGAUGUUCUGUGUGGAUCCUGUCUCUGACUGGGUCAAUGACCACAUGAAAGCAGUGGACCAGAGAACAAACGUACCUACUAUUGGAAACUAAACAUCCUCCAAACACUGAAGUUGACCGGCUAAAGGCUGUGAAAUAUAUGAGAUUAUACAUCACAUACACACAGUACACAAGUAAAUAUAAAUGUGUACCAUGAAGAACUAUGUUAAAUAUUGGUAACAUUCUGUAAUUGGUGUUCUGGACAGGCCAAUAAAUGUUUGGCAUUCUAGCGGCCCCUGCUGGCUGAACAGAAAAACACAGUAGGAAGUAGUGAGACAGGAAGUGUUCAGGGAGAGCACAUUGGAUUGAGUGCUACAAAAUCCACCAUAAUCUGUUUAUUACUAGUUUAGAAGGACAGUGUUAUUCCCUGUGAGUAAUACUAUUUUAUUAUUGCUCAUGUGUGGCUUAAGUGGAUGUUUGGAUAAUGAAGUUGAGAUGAUGUCUAUCACUGGUUGUUGAAUCUUCACCAACUGUCGAGUGGUAAGGAUGGAAAGUGUUCGGGUUGCUGACUAUAGAACAGCAUAUGCUACAAUUAAUAGCAAAUAUAUUUAUUUAUAAUUCUACGUAAGCAUUAUUGAUUUGUUUGUAUUUUCAGUUUUACACCAUUCAUAUGAUAAAAUAUUCUGAAAAUCACAUUGUGGAUCCUGAGAAUCGUUG